GCAACGUGCACGAGAGUAAUUAUGGCCCAUCCAAAAGCAUCGUUACGCGCCUCACACAUUACCGGAGGCUCUCAGUCGCAAGCUCCAAGCGCAGCAGCUUUGUCGCGGCUCAGCGAGAAGAAGAAAGAAUACGAUGCGGUAUGCGCACUCGAUCGCGCCAGUGCUAUGUUCGUGAAGCGGAUUGAGGGCCUGAGCGCAGACUGUGAUGUUAUGGCUGAUGCUGGGAUAGUGCACGGCCAGGUUCUCGCGCAGUGGCCCCAGAUGUUCAAGAUUCUGGAGACUUUCUUAUCCACCAGGGAACAGAUACGUGAAGAGGAGGAGGACGUUCCAGCGCCACCCGCAGGGGAACGCCUUGUUCGUGUCCCCAUGGAUGAGAUACAGACUGACAAUCAGCGCUAGGAAGCUACUUCAUGCUCCAUCAUUACCCGCGUUUCGGAAUAGAUAGAAGUCACGAGACGCGCUCCUCCAACCUCGCCCAGUGCUCUGAAUCCUAAGUGGUCAUCAUCAGCGAGAAGAACCUUCCACGAGGAGAGAGAUCUUCUCCUGCGUGAGCUAGUCGCCAUGCACAUAUGCCGAGAUGUAUACGCACUGGACGAUGUCAGAUCGCAUGUUCGUGUACGCUAAUGAACGAUCGACACCUGUCGACCUUUCUAAGUGUAGGCCUUUUGAG